AUGGCCGGAAGCCGGACGGCGGCGGUGGUGUUUUUGCUCUUGGCGGCGUCGGCGUCGCUGUGUACAGCUGUGAGCGUGGAUUACGACGGGCGGGCGUUGGUCAUCGACGGCAAGCGUAGGGUUUUGGUCUCCGGAUCCAUUCAUUAUCCACGUAGCACCCCCGAUAUGUGGCCGGAUUUGAUAAAGAAAUCGAAAGAUGGAGGAUUGGAUAUUAUCGAGACUUACGUCUUCUGGGACAUGCACGAACCAGUUCGAGGCCAGAAUAAUAAUGAUAAUGAUGACGACGACGAUAAUAAUCAAGUAAAAUUUUGGCAGUACGAUUUUACCGAAAGAAAAGAUUUGGUGAAAUUCGUAAAGCUGGUUGCUGAAGCUGGUUUAUACUUGCAUCUCCGUAUCGGUCCUUAUGUUUGUGCCGAAUGGAACUAUGGUGGAUUCCCUCUGUGGUUGCAUUUUCUACCCGGUAUUCAGCUUCGUACCGACAAUGACGUAUACAAGGCUGAAAUGCAGCGAUUUACGGCCAAGAUUGUGGGCAUGAUGAAGCAGAACAAUUUGUAUGCAUCGCAAGGCGGUCCCAUUGUUUUGUCUCAGAUCGAAAACGAGUACGGAAACAUUGACUGGCAGUAUGGUUCGAGUGCGAAACCUUAUAUUGAUUGGGCUGCACAAAUGGCAACCUCGAUGAACACGGGUGUUCCAUGGGUUAUGUGCCAGCAGAACAAUGCCCCUGAUCCCAUGAUAAACACUUGCAAUGGAUUCUACUGUGACCAAUUCACCCCUAAUUCGCCUUCGAAGCCGAAGUUUUGGACUGAACUAUGGAGUGGAUGGUUUUCUGCAUGGGGAAAUCCGGUGCCGUACAGACCGGUCGAAGACGUUGCGUUUGCUGCAGCGCGGUUUUACCAGAACAACGGAACCUUGCUCAACUAUUACAUGUACCACGGUGGAACUAACUUCGCCCGAACUUCUGGUGGACCCUUCAUCACAACUAGCUACGAUUAUGAUUCUCCAAUCGAUGAAUAUGGUCUUCUUAGGCAGCCAAAGUGGGGCCACUUGAAAGAUCUACACAAGGCUAUAAAACUCUGUGAAGAGGCAAUGGUGUCAACAGUCGGUAAUACGACUAGUCUCGGCCAGAAUUUGGAGGUUACUGUUUAUAAAGCUGAAUCAGGCGAAUGUGCAGCGUUUCUUGCCAAUUUCGAUUGGCAGUUAGACGCAACGGUGACCUUCAACGGCAAUUCUUACGACUUGCCGGCUUGGUCCGUCAGCAUAUUACCCGACUGCAAGAAUGUAGUGUACAACACUGCUAAGGUGAAUGCUAUAACAGCCCUCACAAAGUUUGUGCCACAAAGCGGUUCGAAUUCUUCGGUUGUAUCCCUCUCGAGCUGGAGUUGGUUUAAGGAACCUGUCGGAAUUUCACUCAACAACGAAGCGUUCGUUUUACCUGGUUUGGUUGAGCAGAUUAACACUACUGCUGACAAGAGUGACUUCUUGUGGUACUCUUUGAGUAUCGAUCUAAACGCUAACGACCCUUUGCUUAAAGAAGGAUCUCAGAUACUACUUCAUCUCGAUUCCGUUGGACACGGACUUUACGCUUUCGUCAAUGGCGAUCUUGCAGGGAGUGGAAAAGGCAGUAGCAGCAACAACAAGUUUUCGAUGGAUGUUCCGAUGAAUUUGGAACCAGGAAAUAAUACCAUUGAUCUAUUGUGUUUGACUGUCGGGCUAUCGAAUUACGGAGCAUUCUUCGAUACGUACACAGCUGGAAUCGGCGGUCCGGUGCAGUUCAAAGGCUUAGCCAAUGGCUCAACCAUUGAUCUCUCCCCACAACAAUGGACUUAUCAGGUUGGUCUGAAAGGCGAACAAUUAGGCCUAUCUAACGGAGUUUCCGGACAAUGGGAUUCCCAGCCUGCUCUUCCUAAGAACACACCGCUAACAUGGUACAAGACAACAUUCUCUGCUCCAGCUGGCAAUAGCCCUGUUGCGAUCGACUUCACGGGAAUGGGAAAGGGGCACGCAUGGGUUAAUGGACACGGAAUCGGGCGCUAUUGGCCAGCCAACGUCGCUCCGUCGAACGGAAACUGCGCGGACACAUGCAACUACAGAGGAUCAUACUCCAACAACAAAUGUCUUAAAGGCUGCGGAAAGCCAACUCAGCAGCAAUAUCACGUGCCGCGAUCGUGGCUCAAGCCAACCGGAAAUACCCUAGUGGUGUUGGAGGAAAUCGGAGGCGAUCCGACGAUGAUAUCUUUCGCCACAAGAGAGCUAGGACUCCUCUGUGGCAAAGUCUCCGAAAACUACCCUGCACCCCUCGAUUUGUGGGACUCUAACUACUUGACACGUGUCACGAAACCGACGCUUUUACUGGAAUGCCCUUCUCCAUCACAAGUCAUAAAGAGACUACAGUUUGUGAGCUUCGGAAAUCCGCAUGGAGGAUGUGGCGGUUACACACACGGCCGAUGCAGGAGCAACCGUGCUCGACGCGUUAUUCACAGGGCUUGCACGGGGAAAACGAAAUGCAGUAUCGAUGUAACGGUGGAGAAUUUGGGUGAUCCUAACUGUGGAAAUGUGACAAAGAGUUUAGCUGUUGAAGCUUUCUGUGGUUAAUUAUUUGAUUUUCCAGCUUGCCAAUGUAAUAAAAUUUGUACAUCAAAUUUAGAAUCUGUAUAUAAAUAAAUUGCAAAUAAAAGAUUUUAUUUCCCCAUGUUAUUUCUCAUAUUUGUAAAGUAUAAGUCCACACAAGUCACAACACUUGUUACAGUUUAUUAAUUAUUAAUUUAAGCAAGCAACAAUUUUUAUUAUAUAGCAAUUUGU